UCUGUAUCAGUGAUCACAGAGUGAUGGACGCGGGCAGCAGGUUCUCAUAAAACCCACAUCCCCGUAGAGAGGAAUGCUGUGAGUGGAUGUCCGGCUGAAGCGCGCACGGUGCCCUUGAGGACAAUCAGGACUGCUGCAGGAGAAAGAAGCUUAAGAAAAGCCCUAAGGGAAGAACAAGAAGAAAAGGAACAAAUGGAUAGCAAGAGGUGAUGGGGCGUUGGAGGUGUUCAGUAAAUGACUGAGGUUGAUCGCCGGUGAAGUUCAGUCCGGUGUUCCGCUGGUUUGUGCGUAAGCAGGUGUACGUCAUCUCAGAAGUUUUAAAAUGGAGUCCACUCACCUCUUGGGUGGCUCUAAGAAAAGAGUGAAGAUCCAUCCUCACACAGUCACAGCCAAGUAUGCCACACAAACCCCCUACUCCCCCCAACCUGGAGUACACACCCACUUCCCCCAGCCGGGCGAUGAGGGCUACGAUGAUGCUCCAUCUUUUGAGGACUUUGGAUCGUUCCUGGAGGAGACAUCUGACAAGAAACGAUUGACUGAGAAUAAGAGGUGGCCUCUGACGCUUUUUGGCUCCAAAGACAAGGACACAUCCCAUAAACUUCAAACCACUGGGGCAGGAGAGGGGAGUGAUGGAGGAGCCAAAGCAGCAAAGGGGUCUGGAAAAGGGGUUGGGGAACAGUUGGCCAGUUUUGGUGAGGCGUCUGUAUCUGCAUCUCGGCUCACCUGGGUAGGGCUGCUUGGUGCGGCACUGGCACAUGGCUGCUUGAUUGUUCUGACCCGCCUUGCCUCUGAACGCUUUAGCCUCGGCCCUCUGUUUCUCCUCUUAGUACGCUCCGUUGUACAGCUGCUGUCUGUGGCUGUCCUGUUGCACAAGGGGGAGAAUCCUUUUGGACCAGAGGGUUAUCGACUACGUCUGCUCUGUUAUGGCAUUGCCUACUCCCUCUCCCUUUGUUGUGCCUACUCUUCCUUAACCUUUGUCUCCCCUGGAAACGGUACAACAACUUGGCGCCUGGCAACAACAGCUCUGGCAGCAACCCUCGCCUUCCUGCUUCUGGAGGAGAGGCUUGGACUGGUUGAUGGAAUCACCAUAGCUGCAGGGCUGUGUGGUUUGGGGCUUGUGUUGCUUCCCACCAUAGAUGAGAGCAAUACAGUGUCGCCUACUGACUCGGUUGCAUUCUGGAGGGGUGCGUUUGGGUGGUCCCUUUCGGCACUCGCAGGGCUGUGGAUGGCCUUGGCUUUAGUUGGGUAUCGCUCACUGAAAGAAAAGGUGGGAGUUGGCACUGCCUUAUUUACAGUGAGCUGGACAGGCUGCCUGCUCACUCCAGCCUCUCUGGCACUGCUCCAGGAGGGCUGGUCCUGGCCAAUGAGCGCAUCAGCCUGGGGCCUUAUCCUGGCCCUAGUUGUCUGUUCAGUAGCAGCCUUCCUGGGAAUGACGCACGCCCUCACACGACUCCAUCCUGCUCUGGUCUCUGCCUCUCAGAGCCUGGAGAUACCGGUUGCCAUGCUCCUGCAUCUGGCUGUCAGUCCUAUGGUUCCCACCGCUCCUGAGGUGGUGGGGAAUUUGAUGAUCGUACUGAGUGUCGGGUGGCUGGUGGCAAUGAAGCUGCUUCCCUCUCGAGGUGGCGGGCGAUGCCAGAGGGAGGAGUAUGAGGAGAUUCUGGACUCACCCAUCAAAUAGAUGCCUAUUCUCUUCUUGUCACCCAUGCUUCCUCCUUCUUGUGAUGUACAUAAGAGACUGCUAAAUGUUUAUCGGAGCUUUACCUAUUUUAUAUUGUUGUUUUUGCUUUUGAGAAAGUGACAAUAUUGUGUUGUCUGUUACAGUGACUACGUGAUGUGACAUUAAAGUCUCUCUGAUUAACUCAGUGCAUUCUUGCAGCCACUUCUAAUCAACCCCUAUCUUCUGAGAAACAGAGUGUGUGUACACACAAUGAGAGGAAGAUAAAUGGAGGAAGAGCAAGAGAAGAUGAUGGAAUUGGCAAACAGAUAAAAAGCAGGGGAGAAAGGAGAGUGAUAGCAGAUGACAAAGCAUAGAUGAAAGGGGUAGAAGAUAAAGAAAGGAAGCAAGGGCAGAAAGGCUGAUAGUGGCUGGUUAUUAUGCUGUGUCUGGCCAGCUGGCUGAUAAAAAAAAACAGUUAUAUGCACAAGGAACAGUCAUUAUAGCUUGUAACUAUCCACUAGACACAUAAGUGCUGUUGCUAUGUUUCUUUAGGGGUCUCUCCUUUUCUAUUUUCCCCCUCAUUAGCCUCCUGCGCUCCUCUUUCAAUCUUUCUCUCUGUUAAAAAUGAACAACACAAAACAAGAGGUCCAUUCACGAAGUUCUCCCCACACACUGCACAGAUGGAGACUUUUAGUGUAGUUAAGUGCCAGUGUGUCAUGUAUGCAUGUGUUUGCGUGCAUGCUCGGUAUCAUUGUGAAACAGAUGUGGCGAAAAGCCUGAACAUGACACACAACUCCUCUUUGCUCCUUUGAAUCUUGUUAGAAGUGACAUUUAAGAGAAAAAAAGGCCAGCAGAAAAGUCUGCUGCUUCCUGCAGUUCUCCACCCAGCUGCAGAUUUAUAAAGACCAUUACAUGCAGGCAUGCAUGGACAGGGCACAAGUAUACAUUAAAACCAUGGCUGUAAGACUUUCAUUAGUGAAACUGUUUUUGUGAUGUCAGUUUGCUGGCAUGAUUAAACUCUUGUAUGGUUAAA